CACUUCUCUAGUUUUGACAAUUAGAUUAGCAACGAAAACAGAUCCAAAAUAAAACAAACCAUAAAACGGCUUUUUUUUAACGAAUUUCCUAAUUAUAGCGGUUUUUGAAAUAUUUCGAAGAUGUCUCUUUUUAGGAAACCAAAGAAAAAUAUCGUGCAAAGGCGAGUAUUUACGGAAAACGAUGAAGAGGACGAGGAAGAACGAGUGGAAGUGCAAGAGAUAGUGAAGGAGCAAAGGGCUAAAAAAAAGGAGAAAAACAGCAAAAGUAAGCAAAAAUUGCUCAGUUUCGAGGUCGAGGAGGAAGGAGAAGUCUUUCAGGUAAGAAAGUCUUCACAUCAAAAGAGAGUGAUGAGAAUGUUCGAAAAAGAAAAGAGAAAAAAAGACAAAGAUAAAGAGAAAUCAUGCCCCAAAGAGGACCAGAAUAAAGUGACAUUGGAUGAGGACACCAUUCUAGUUGUCAGACAGAAUCAUAAAAAACCACCUACUCCUCCACCACCCCCUAUUUUAAGUGGGAGAGAUGCCUUGUGUGCUGGAAAGGGAGAUCUUUCAUCGGAAGAAGAUAAUAAUGAAGAACAAAAUCACCGCUUUUCCAGGCCAGAAAAUGUGAAAAAAGUCCUUGAGUCCGGAGCAAUCCCCGAUGCAUCAAUGAUCCAUUUUGCCCGUAAAAAACGUCAAAAAGCCAGAGAAAUGGGCGAUUACAUUUCCGUGGAAGAUGAGGAGCCUGAAGACACAGGGCGUUUAGUAAGAGACGAUGAUAAUGAAGAGAGCGAUGAAGAAAGGAUAGAAAUGGACCCUAAUAUGGUAGUGAAAAGGGACAUGGAGAAGAGAAGAGAACAGUUUUUAUUAGCACAAGAGUCUGAUAAAGAGUUGGAUGAAUGGGAGGAUCAACAAAUUAGGAAAGGAGUCACUGGUCCAAUCAGUUUGCCACCGCCUACCCUGAACACCGUCGAACCCCAUCAAAACUCCAAGUUGUCCGCCCCCCUUAGUUUACCCCCAGAUCUCCCCCGUACCCCUCAAGCCAUAGCGGACCAACUGAGGGAACAUUAUAGAGAAAUAUGUGCCUCCAAAGAGUCGCACAUCACCAAUUUACAACAAAUCGAAUUGGACUUAGAUCGGGCGCGAACGGAGGCUGAAACAUUGAAAAAAGUCGCACCCGAGGUAGCGACCCGUUUCCGAUUUUAUCAAGAAUUAAGGGGUUACAUAACGGAUCUGGUGGAGUUUAUGGAUGAUAAAAUAAACGAUAUAACCGCUUUAGAAGGGCGAGCGUUAAAACUGAUGCAAGCAAAAGCGACUUUUUUGAUGGAGCGGCGUCGACAGGACGUCAGGGACGAAAUGGGCGGCGAGGCGCAGGCGGACGAAGAAAAGGUGCGUCGGGCGGCAGAGCGAGAGGGAAGAAGAUCACGCAGGCGUCGUGCCAGAGAAACAUUGGAGGGUAACACGGUGAAACACGUCGAGGGCUUAAGCAGUGACGAAGAGAUGGGGGUGCAAGACCAACUUUUCUUCGACAAAGAGCAAAACGACGUGGAGCAGGAUAUAUUCAAAGAGGAGGAAAUGUUUUCGAUAUCGAACAUCCUCACGCGCUUCGACCAAUGGAAAACCAAGGAUUUAUCCGCGUAUAACGAGGCCUACGCCUCACUGUGUUUGCCGAAAAUAAUUGCGCCGUUAAUACGCUUAAAUUUAAUUUUUUGGAACCCGCUCCAAAGCGAAAUCCCUUUAGACAAAAUGGACUGGUAUAGACCAGUAGCUUUAUAUAGCCUAAGCACUGAGGAAACCGAAAGUAGUUUAAUAAAAGACCCGGACGUUACACUAUUGCCUACGCUUAUAGAGAAGAUUUUAGUGCCUAAGCUGGCAACGUUAGUGGAUAAAUGCUGGGAUCCUUUGUCCAGCUCGCAAACCCUACGGCUGGUGGGCACGGUGAAAAAGUUGGUGCGGAAAUUUCCGACCUUGACGCCGGAAAGUAAAAGUUUGACGACGCUGUUCAGUUCGAUUCAGCACCGGAUCAAACAGGCUUUGGACAGUGACGUGUUUAUACCGAUCACGCUCAAAAUGGCGGACAGUAGGCAUCAGCAGUUCUUCCAAAGACAAUUCGCCAGCGGCUUGAAACUGUUAAAGAACAUCGCCAGUUGGCAGGGGAUUUUAAAUGAGAAACGGUUAAAAGAGUUGGCGCUUACGUCCCUGUUGAAUAAAUACUUGUUGAGCGCGUUAAAAUUUUGUAAUUUAACAGACGCCUGCUCGAAAAUGAGAUUGAUUAGUCAGGUGCUGCCGAUAGUAUGGCUUCAGGAGGCUUCCGUGGAGUUUCAGAUGUUCAAAACGUCGAUUGGUACUCUCCAAAGGCAACUGGACAAAAAUAAUCCCCUCCAUUUAGAAUCUAUUGAUAUAUUAAUGACUUUAAUGAAAACCUUAAGGCAAUGACGAGUAUUGUUUUGUAAAUAAAUUUGUUUUUACUAAAUAA